AAUAAUAAUCUGAAAAAAAAGAUGGUCCUCGGCAUCGCCAUGAUGGCCGCCAUGCUGCCAACCAUGGUCGGACUCAACGAAGCCACCCAACACACGCGCGACCAUGAAACAAACCGCCAGCAAUCCUCCCGGAAGCAGCGCUGCCAUCUAGUAGCCAGCUGCUCCCUCACCCAGGGGACGACUGCGCAACGCGAGCAGAUCCAGAAUGCAAAGGCCUUUGUGGGUCAGGACGGUCGGAUAUACCUCACGAAGUCUCCGACGGAAGGGAUGACCCUGUUCAACGGGGGCUUCUUUGCCCAUCCGGACUUCCCUCCGGAGAACACGUCCGGGCUGGUGACGAUUACGGGGGAGCAGCCGCCCACGCUGCGGUGGGUGUUUCUGGACAAGGAGACGAACGAGCUGCGGUGGGGAGGCCGUCCGGACAGCGAGGGCCAGGUGUGUGGCCCGUUCGACUGGACGAAGGAUGAGCAGCGGGUGACGCUGGAGGGGUGGGAGGGGUGGCUGGCGGUGCGGCUGCCGGACGGGCGGGAGGAGCAGCAGAAUGAGGGCAUUUGGCGCGUGUAUUUCGAUCGGAACGAUGACGGGGCGGAUCUGCCGGUGGGGGCCCAGGGGUUGGAGAUUGUGUUGAAGCGGGUUGCGGCCGAGAGUUGA